GAAAAUAGAAGAAUAAAAAGAAAUUUUGUAAAGCAUAAUAAAGAACUUUUUGGUAGAUAAAAGUACAAAACAAUAAUAAAAACAUUAUUAGUUUUUUAAAUGCAGUGCAAAUUAAAAGCAAAUAAAAAUAUGUCAAUAAAUUUAUGUGUUUUAAAAGAAAGAAAUGUGUAAAAAGUUUUUUAAAACAUGUAGUAAAGUGUUUAAAACAAAAAUAGAAAUUCAGUUGGAAAAUCAAAUCAAAAAUAUGGAAUUUACAAGAAUAUACUAUUUUCCUAACAAAACUUAAAGGAAACAAUAGUUGGAAAAAAACUGAAUCACAAAAUUAUCUACGAAAACACCAAAGUGUACAUCUAAAACCCCAACGUCGUCACCGUCGUCGUCGUCUUUGUCAAUAUCUUUAGAUUAUUUUAUUUUGUUCUUUAUUAUAUUCUUUUGUAUUGAUAUCUAUAUACAGCGUCGUUUUGGGCAGCAAAUUGUCAUUACCAAACGUAAAACUGGGAAAAAUUAUGAACUUGUGUUCAUCGGUCGGUGCAACAGCAUCAUCGACAUCGUUAGCAUCAGACGAUUCACAACAAGAAACAACAACUGCCUGUGGUGGCGGUGGUGGUGGUGGUAGUGCGUCAAAUUCAUCUGCCUGUGCUGGAGGCGGCGGUGGUGGUGGAGGAGGUGCUGUAGCAUUGACAACACAUUGUUUUGGUAAUUUAACAACGCCCAGUUUACAUACAUCUGCCUCAACAAGUUCACAUCAUCAUUCACAUCAUAAUCAGGGAAAUAGUAGUUCAAAUAACAACGAAAUGCCACCAGAAACCAGACCUAAAGUGGUGACUGUCAAGCACCCCGAAUCGAAUAAACCAAAACCGACAAUGAAAAAAACGAAACCCAUACAAGCCGAUCAAGAUGUUAUCAAGGCACUGCAAAGAUGUCGAGAUGAAGGCAUAAAACGUUUGGAUCUGAGUAAAUCAUCCAUAACUGUUAUACCGCCCAGUGUUAAAGAUUGUGUACAUUUAACCGAAUUGUAUUUGUAUAGUAAUAAAAUCGGUCAAUUGCCUCAAGAAAUUGGUCAUUUGGUGAAUUUGAAAACCUUGGCCUUGAAUGAAAAUUCUCUCACCUCAUUACCCGAUACCCUGCAAAAUUGCAAACAACUUAAGGUGCUGGAUUUAAGACACAAUAAAUUGGCGGAAAUUCCCGCUGUCAUCUACAAACUGCGCUCUCUUACUACCUUAUAUUUGAGAUUCAAUCGUAUCACAUUGGUGGCUAAUGAUUUAAGAAAUUUAACCAACCUCACUAUGUUAAGUUUAAGAGAGAAUAAGAUACGCGAAUUGGGCGACUGUAUAGGUGCUUUGGUUAAUUUAACUACACUGGAUGUGUCACACAAUCACUUGGAACAUUUACCCGAAGAUAUUGGAAAUUGUGUGAAUUUAAGUGCUUUGGAUUUGCAGCACAAUGAACUGCUAGACAUACCCGAGACUAUAGGAAAUCUAAAGAAUUUAGUACGUUUAGGUUUACGCUACAAUCGCUUGAGUUCGGUGCCGAAUUCGCUCAAGAAUUGCAAAUGUAUGGAUGAGUUUAAUGUGGAGGGCAACAGUAUUACCCAACUGCCAGACGGUUUAUUAGCAUCACUAAGUGCUUUGACCACCAUCACACUGUCACGCAAUGCAUUCAGCAGUUAUCCCACUGGUGGUCCAGCACAAUUCACUAAUGUUUAUAGUAUUAAUUUGGAACACAAUCGUAUUGAUAAAAUACCCUAUGGUAUAUUUUCUCGUGCCAAGGGUUUAACUAAACUAAAUAUGAAGGAAAAUGUCUUGACAGCUUUACCGCUGGAUGUUGGUACCUGGGUGAAUAUGGUUGAAUUGAAUUUGGCCACAAAUGCUUUACAAAAAUUGCCCGAUGAUAUUAUGAAUUUACAAAAUCUGGAGAUUCUAAUACUCUCAAAUAAUAUGCUCAAAAAGAUACCCAAUACUAUAGGACAGUUGCGCAAAUUGCGUAUUUUGGAUUUGGAAGAGAAUCGUAUAGAGGUGCUGCCCAAUGAAAUUGGUCUAUUGCAUGAAUUGCAAAAGCUAAUACUACAAACAAAUCAAAUAUCUAUGCUGCCUCGUAGCAUAGGACAUUUAAAUAAUUUAACCCAUUUAUCGGUAAGCGAAAAUAAUCUACAAUUUUUACCCGAAGAAAUUGGCUCAUUGGAAAAUUUGGAAAAUCUUUAUAUCAAUCAAAAUCCUUGCUUGGAAAAACUACCCUACGAGUUGGCCCUGUGCACUAACCUUAAAUAUCUUAACAUCGACAAGUGUCCACUGAGCACCAUACCGCCCGAAAUACAGGCAGGAGGUCCCUCAUUAGUUUUACAGUGGCUAAAAAUGCAUUCACCGUAUAGGCAAAUGUGAGUGGAUGGUGUUAUACGUACUUAUUACGUAGGAAAUGCAUAUUAUUAUCAAAAUUCACCAGCGCAACAGUCACAAUCACAAGAGCAAAACUAACAGAGAACCAGAAAAAAGUGUGUAAUAACAUGAGUAUGCGUCUAUGACAUCUAAAAAUGAAAUUUAAUUCAUAUCUUAGAGAUUUUAUUUAUAUUU